AUGGGAACAUCAAAUGUAGAGAAUGAAAAUGUGGAACUGAAUGGUGGAUCGCAAGGAAGUGUUGCUUCAAGUGUAGUUGAGGUUGAAACCCAACAACCACCUACUCAAGUUCUCGAUGUGAAAUCAUCUUUCGUUGAACAGAAAUCACCUGUGUAUUCAGGGAAUUAUAUUGCUAAAGGGAAGAUCAAAAUCUUCAUGCUCAACCAUAUGACUUUUGUUUUCACAAGAGGUGAAGGACCAAAUGGAAAGAAGAUUGAAGGACUAUUAUACUCAUGUAAGAACAAAGAUGAAGCGGAGAAAGUUGGUCUUUGUCAUGGUGAUCUUCUAAAUGCAGUUGAGUUUGUCGAACACACCGAUGGAGGUUAUGUAGAACACCCUUUAAACUAUAUAUUUAUUGAUGGAAAAUAUAUUAAGAAGCAUUGUUAUUGA